AUGGAUAUGGUGGGUUGUGAAGAAAUUAUUAUCUACACUGCAUUCAUUAGAAUGGUUGUGCAUGCGACCAAUCAAAGCCUCCGAUGUUUGUGGUGGUGCACGAAGUUCUUCACUUUUUCCGUCCUCCUUAGUUCUUCACUUCUUCCAUCCUUCGCCCGUUCGCCGUCAGCCCGUCCUCGGGUCUCACAAUCUCACUUCGCCCGUUUGCCAGUUGCCACUCGCCGUCCUCUCCAUCGGCACUCGGCCGAAGAGAGAGACGAGGGAUCAGGGAGGCGGCGUCGCCGGCGUCAUGGCGUGACGGCGUCUCUUCUCCUUCUCGGCCCUCCGCCCUUUCCAGCCUCCAGGUGGCAGGUGCUCUUCAGAUAUUUCCCUGUAAAGACUUCGUUUUACCUUGAAGGGACUCAUUUAAUUAUCCCCUGGUUUGAGAGACCUAUCAUAUAUGAUGUUCGUGCCCGUCCGCAUCUUGUGGAAAGCACUUCUGGUGGUCGCGAUCUGCAAAUGUCAAAGAUAUUGAGCUUGCGAGAAGAAUCUUCCCAAUCUGGUAUGCAAUUAACAUCAGAGGAGAUGUCUAGGCAGGCAUUUGAAAAAAGGAAGAGAUACAUUCUUGGAUUUGGGGUUGGGCCGAAGCCCUCUUCAUCUUCUUCCACACCUAGUCGUGUGUCACAAGGCCAUGUUGGGGAGUUGCAGAAACUUAAAGCUGAGAUGGAGGAGAUGAAGAUGGAGCGUGAGGAGCUACGGAGGCAAUUGGAGCAGGAGAGGAGAGAGCGUGAGGAGGAAAGGAAAGAGCGAGAGGAAGAACAGAAGCAAAUUGCACAGAUAUUUUGAGAUUUUUAAUUUACAUUUUGAUGUGUUUGGUGAUGAUUAUCACCUUAACAUAUGGUAUGGAUGAAACAUUGUGAUGUAUGGUUAAUAGGUAUGCUUGACUUUAGACUUAUAGAUGAUGAUAUUUAUAAUGAAUGAUUAUAGAUUCUCCAACAUUGUGUAUA